AUGGGCAAGAAAAUCGAAUGCUACUUAGACUGCGUGUCGCCAUACAGCUUCUACGCCUUCACGUAUCUGCAGAAGAAUGCCGCUGCGUUGGAGAGCCUGGGCGUGGAGAUUGAGUAUAUCCCCGUCUUUCUGGGCGGGAUUAAUGUAGGCAGUGGAAACAAACCCCCCUGGACCCUCCCCGCCAAAGCCGCCUACUCAAAGUACGACGGCAAACGGGCCCAGAAAUACUUCGGCCAUGAUUUCGAGAUUCCGCCGUGGUUCCCUAUUCUGUCCCUUUUGCCCCAAAGAGCCCUAACCCACAUCAAAAACACCCACCCCAAGCAAACCCUCGCAGCGGCCUUCCAGAGCUGCUUCGAGACGAUGUGGAAGGGCCAAUUGGACAUUUCCAAGCCCGAGAAUCUGGCCCGGGCUCUCGGGACUGUGUUCGGUGCUGAGGAAGUCGAGAAGAUUAUCGCCGCUGCGGGCUCGCCUGAGGUCAAGGCUGAGCUGGCGGCCACGACGGAGAGAGCCGUGAAGGAGCUGGGCGCGUUUGGGUGCCCGUGGUUCUGGGUCGUGAAUGGCGAGGGAAAGGGGGAGCCGUUCUUUGGGAGUGAUCGGUGGCAUUUUAUGUGGGAGUUUUUGGGGCUGCCUUUUGAGGAUUUGAGGUUAAAGGCUAGGAUUUAG